GAAAACCCUCCCCACAUCGCACAGGUUUUCAGCAGUGUGAUCCUGUCUCCUAUAUCUGUUCCCGGUCGCCCUUCACAGCAGUCUUUGAUACCAGGAGAGAGAAAAGAGAGAAAAGAGAGAAAAAUGCGAAGCGCAGCAGCAGCGCAGAUACCAACGAGCUUCGGUCAUGAGCUUAGGGCAUGCCUCCGCUGCAGACUUGUCAAGACCUACGACCAGUUUAGGGAAUCAGGAUGCGAGAACUGCCCUUUCUUUAAGAUGGAUGAAGAUCAUGAGCGUGUUGUCGAUUGCACCACUCCUAAUUUUAACGGGAUUAUCUCAGUCAUGGAUCCAAGCAGAAGUUGGGCUGCUCGGUGGCUUCGUAUUGGUAUGUGUAGCUUUUUACCUCCUAUUUUUGUGUGGUUAUCUUGGAAGCAUCUAGGGUUUACCACUUACACUAUGAUUCAUUUAUGCUGUAUUUGCCGAAUGAGCGAGCUAGUCUUGAUCAUAAUUUUCUCCGUUUUGGGCUCUGGUUUACAUUAUGAACCUCUUGUUUAUUUAGCCUUUAAUGCAGAAAGUCACUGAAUUCAAGGAUUGUCUCUUGGUCUUAACUGUAACAGUAAUUGAAGGUUAAUAAGUUAAAUUUAUUGCUGUGUGUGGUGGGCAAAGCAAGGACAUUGUGUUAAAUUGGUUCCUUGUGUUCUUCUUCGUUGAACACACCUUCUUUCCUUUUGCCUCUUUCUUUUCCCAAUGAAUAUCUAGAAUAGGAACAUCAUUAUAUUCAGGGGUUGUAUGUUGACAAGAAUGUAUGUCUCCAAGACCAUUUGGAGUGCGGACACGUUCAGGACAUUCGUGUGUUGUGGUGCAUAUUGAUAUGCAUGUGGUGGCUAACAUUUAGGGUUAUAUAUUAACAUGGGUGGGGUCCAUUGAAUUAGGACAAGGUCACAAGGUAGUGGCUAGUUUAGAAACUCUAUUGAAAAGACAAGAUGGAACAUACCCCUCCUUAGCAGUGACUAGAUAUGAGCAAUAGAGGUUGUUUGAUUUCCACGGAA